UGGGAAGAGAAGUGUGAGCUGCGGGGAGCGGGGCUUUCGAGGAAGAAGAGGAAGACCCCCCACACCUCGUGCACCCCCUCCGCCCCCCACCGCCGUUGCCUUUCAGGCAGCCCAGAUCUGGGGGCCAAGAAGGAAGGAAGCCGUCCCUGCUGCAGAACGGGAGCUGCUCUAGUUCCACUCUGAUACUUCAAUUCUGCCCUGCUGGAGAGGGCCGUUGAGCUGGAGAGAUGAACGUGGGCACAGCUCACAGCGAAGUGAACCCAAACACCCGGGUCAUGAACAGCCGGGGCAUCUGGCUCUCGUACGUCUUGGGCAUCGGCCUUCUGCACGUGAUCCUCCUCAGCAUCCCCUUCUUCAGCGUCCCUGUGGUUUGGACUCUGACCAACAUCAUCCACAACAUGAGCAUGUACAUUUUCUUACACACUGUGAAAGGAACGCCUUUUGAGACUCCUGACCAGGGCAAAGCCCGGCUGCUGACUCACUGGGAGCAGAUGGAUUACGGGGUGCAGUUCACCGCCUCCCGCAAGUUCCUGACCAUCACACCAAUUAUACUUUAUUUCCUUACUAGCUUCUACACUAAAUACGACCGGAUACACUUCAUCAUCAACACCAUCUCCUUGAUGAGUGUCUUGAUCCCCAAACUACCCCAACUGCAUGGCGUACGGAUCUUUGGGAUCAACAAGUACUGAGCCCAGGUGUCUUUUAUAUUCCCUUCUGGUGAGCUGUGAGAGGCCAGCAGCGUGAGAACCCUGUUUCCUUCGUUCCGGCUGCGUCUUCAGGAUACACUUCCACACAAUGGCUCCUUUUU